UUGUUCUUUGGGGACUAUCCAGAAAACAGUGCCCAACACAGGUCGUGUGAUUACCAUGGAGACAAACACAGAGCCUGCCAUUGGCACGUUCAUGAGCUGCGCAUGCAUAACAUAUUAAAGGGAUUGUGAACAACAAGCUUCACUCUCUACACAGAUACAAGCAAACUGACCAGACUGAGCUCCAUCAAAUCCCACCAUGUACAUUAAAUUUUCUAAUUUCGGGCCAUACGCGGAUGUGAAAGUGCCUGCGGAUUCGAACGAUGAACUGAUCACAGAUGUUUACAGGAGAGUUCGUCUGUACAAGAGGAUUUCUGCUGUUUUCAUCAUUUUCUCUUUGUUCUUGCUGGCUGUGGUUCUUUCUCUGGCUAUGAAGUUAAAUAUGAAGUGUCCAGAGAUUGCUGAACCAAAUUGUGAACUAUGUCAGACCAAGUGUCCUCCACUAAAGGGCAUCCGAGAGUCUCAGUGCUCUGAGUGCGAGGAAGAAUGGGAGAUGUUUGAGAACUCUUGUUACUUCUUUUCUGAUGAGCGCCGAAAGUGGCAGGAGAGCAGGGAUGUGUGUCAGAAACUUGGAGGAGACCUGGUUGUUAUUGACAAUGAACGUGUGCAGAAGUUUCUAACUGAGGACAGGAACAUUAUGUACUGGAUUGGGUUCCAUUAUUCAGAAGAUCAGAAAUGGAUGUGGAUUAACAAUGGUACAACAACCCGGAGCUUCUGGUCCAAUGGCCAGCCAAAACCAGACGUUCAAGGCUCCUGUGCACUGCUAAAUGGAGGGCCAUCAGACCUGAACAACUGGCUUUCAAACUCCUGUAAUGUGAUAUCACAGUACAUCUGCAAGAAGUGUUAAAAUUGGAGAAUGCCAACCAUAACCAUCACAUGUAUCUGCUACUUCAUUUUACUGUUAUACUUACCUUUUACAAAUGCAGUUCAUAAACAGUAACAAAUACAGAAUCAGCACAUAAAACAAUCCUGUUCUGUGAUGCACAAUCAAGUAGAUAUGCUAUGUAUUUUUCAUGAUUUUAGAUAUUAUUCUCACUAAAACAUUCAGAAUAUAUUAUAUAACAUCAUAUACACCUUAGUAACAGCUUUUUUUAAUGGUUGUGAGAUGUCAUUACGUAUGUUUACAGUGGUUCAGUUAAACAUUCCUAGUACUUUUUUUCCUUACUAUGUAAUGCACCUUUUUGUAUGCAGCCCACACAAUAAAUGCAAUUAUUCAGA